AUGAGGAGCACAAAAUACGUCGAUGACUGUUGCCGGUCCAUCACAGCAGCACGGGAGUAUCCUACAGACGUAUACCUUGUCCAACUGGUGCGACUGCACUGCUUGGUCGACCGGAUCAGUCGCGCGCUGUCACCAGACGAUUUCAACAGCGCAUCUCAGGACGGCUUCUGGUCCACUCCCAUCGCGAUGGCUGUUAAGGCACUAGAGACAGAUCUACGCCGUGCUGAAGAGGAGUUCAAACUCGAUAUUGUGAUGGAGAACCAGCAAGGCCAAGGCCAUGACCAGGACGAGGAUGCACAGUCAUAUCGCCCAUCCCAACCACAUUCACUUGCUUCGGACCUCGCAUUGGUAUGCAAGAUACACUGCGACAACGUGCGACUGUUUCUCUAUGGCAUUGCUCUCGAGGACCUCGACGGCUUACGCAACCCUUGGGUAAACGGGGAGCCUGGAUCGACGACAAACAUGCGUCUUCCCAUGAUCGUUAACCUCGUACACAGUCUGGUGCCCGUCUUUGACACCAUAUGCUCCUGGCCGACUAGAAGCUUUUUCAACGUCCCUUUCUCAGUCUUCGCCAUCUAUUCUCACGCCGCCCUCAUCCUGGCGAAAUUAUGUGUGCUCAGCCCCGACAACGUGCCUGGCUGGGACGAGAGCUAUCUGCAGCGUUACGGUUUAGACAUUGUCUCCAUCCUACAAGCAGUGGAAAGCAAGUACGCGGAUAUAUCCCGCCAGAUCCACUCUCCGCUGGAAAUCGAGAGGGAUUCCUUCCGGCGAGACGGUCGGAGUGUCGUUUCAGCCCAGACUGACCGCGUCGUCAGCAGACUGAGAUGUAUUAGGGAGGUUUUCGAGUCGAGACGGAAGAUUAAGCGCCAUCGCCAUUCUCAUCCCCAACAACAACUUCAAGAUCAACAGCAUCACCAAUACCAACACCAACACCAACGCACUCUCGUUGAACCCAUCCAACAGCAAACCCUAGAUCGACCGGCCCUUAACGGCUAUGGGCAAGAUCUGCCUUCAAUGGCAACGCAAAACACCGCGGACGAGUAUUCUGGAGACCCCAGUGCCACCUUGAUCCCAAGCGUCCACAUCAGCCCUGAAGAGCUUCUUGAAAUGUCAGUCACUGGAGCGGGACUAUUUGAUUAUCUGGACGAUGAGUUUUGGAGACAGCUGGUAUGA